AUGGCUCUGCCUGCCUCAGAUGUGCACGUUGCAAGUGCAGGUGCACAAGGAAGCCGCGAACGCCCAGUUCCAUUGAGCGCUGAUCACUGGCAACAGGUCGAUGAAGCUCUGGACGUGUUGGUUGGCGUCCUCAAAGCAGGCCACACCAAGGAUGCCAACAUGUUGGCCGCCGAACUGCGAUGUCACUUGCUAUCGUUGCAGCGAAACGAUCAGCUCUGGCAGGAAGAGCUCGAAGAGAACAAGAGGAGCGUGGCCGACUUGCGUCAGGAAUUGAGACACACGACUGGCAAGUUGGACGAGGUGGUCCAAGAACUCAAGGAAGCCGAUGCGAACAAGAUUCGCGCAGAAGUUGAAUUGAAGACCAUUUCACAAAAAACGCUUGAAAGCAAGGAGGACCAAGUGCGAAUACAAAGUAAACGGCAGCAGCUGCUUGCCGAGCAAGAGCGCUUGGAAACACAGCGGCUGCAGCAGGAGGAAAUGCGUCGACUCGCAGCCUUGGAGGAGCGGCGCCAGGAGGCGGCCCGACAGGAGGAGCGUCAGCGGCUUGCAGAGCUGCAGCGAUUGCAGCAUGAAGCAGAAGAGAAGCUGCGCAGAGAGGAGCUGGAGAAGCGCCUGGAGUCCAUCCGACGUCAAGAGGAGGAGAAGGAGAGGCGUGCGGCAGCAAUGCAACAGGAAGAGCUGCGGCAGAAAGAAGCCGAACAGCACAGGAGCCAGUUGCAGCAACAAGGCUUGCAAAAUAGCGGGUGUGACGAGAUGAACCGAGAUGAGCAGCUAGAGCAGGUCGAGCAGGACCAGGAAAACCAAGAAGGCAGAAAUGGCGAGGAGGUUCCGCAGCAAUCAGGUGAGGACUUGCCUGAAGAUGCAGCUCGGGCAGGACCGUGUGCACACGAGGAGCAUUGCAACCAAUCGGAGCUUGAUAUGAAGCGCGAGAAGGUGGAAGACUUAGACAGCCACAAAGAGGGAACGUGCAAAACUCAGGUGUUGGAGCAGGAGCCAAGCGCGAGACAAAGCCAACAAGAGGAGAUCCAAAAAGGGUCAAUGAAGACGACCGAGCCGCAGGUGCAGGACCAUGAUUGCAAGGAGAACCCUCUGCAGGAGCCGGCACUCUGUCCAGGGGCCAUCGAAUUACCACGCGUGGCGCUUCACGGUUUCCAGCCGGUGCCAGUGAAGUUAUUAGAGGCACCCGAGAAAGAAAUCAUUCCAGAUGCUUCGCCCGAGGACGGAUGCUCCGACUUGACAGAAAUUGAUGCAACAACGGAGCCCCUGCACUCAGACGACCAGAGUCAACCGAGCCAAGCCGAGCAAACCGAGCAAGCCGAGCCGGAAGUUGCACCAGCAGAGCCGCUGCAAGUGAAAGAGCCGAAGCGCCCCCUGUGUUCCCCGGACAUGAUGUGGGGCCACGACCGAGAGCGACAUCGCGGUGAGCUGUUCCUUGAGCUCGGCCGACGGCUUGGACGCACCGACCAGGACCAGCGGGCUCCCGGAGAGGCGCCGAGCAAGGCCGCGGUCGAGGCCCCAAGCGCUUCCGCCGCCUCCGCAGCCUCCGCCUCCUUGGUGGCAGCCGAGGCUGCCCUGCGAGCUGCUGCUCAACAGCGGAUGGCAAGUGUGCAACAUCUGGCAAAAGGCCCGACGUGCGUACAGACGCUUUGCGCGCCGGUAACGGUACCUCGUCCACAAGAUCAGGAGGCGUGUCGUAAUGCCACCGCGGGGGUCAGCUUGAACAAGGGCCAGAUCCCUACCAUAGCUCGGUCGCUGUCGCCGGUCAGGAUCGUCGCUUCUGGCAGGCCUUUUCCAAGAGUCCUCGUGGCUCCGGCGGAGGGCCAGGCACCUUUGUGCAUGCACACCGACUCCGCUCAAGCUGUCGGCGUGGCCUCAGGCACCGUGUGGCAACCUGUCCAAGCUGGAGUUCUGACGGCUCGAGGUGUUCCAGUGCAAAAGGAGUGCACCCAGCCGAAUCGAGGGCUGUCGCCAGUGCCGAUGCGCUUUCGCAGCUUGGUCGUUCCUGCCGCAACACACCAUCCUGCUCAAGGAAGCACAGACUGCCACGUUCAAGCCACGGCCGGAGACAGGAGCUGUGCACUUGUGGGGACUUGGGCGCGCGAGAUGCCUGGCAUCGGCCUUGCACGAUACCCCCAAGCGGAGAAUAUGAUUCCUGUGUUCAGGCCGCAGAAGAUCGCGAGCCAGUCCGGCUCCGUCCAAGCGCCAGUGUCGCAGCAGGUGGAGCUUCUCCGGCAGAUGCCAGGCUCGCCAGUCUACGCCGCGCGGCAGCUGCCACUGGCUGGCUCCUUCGUCGCGCCAGCUGCAAGGCCGAUCCUGGAGCCGUGGCCAGGGAGGCCUGUGCACGAGGUUCCGGUCCCGCAGCGAGCUGUUUCACCAGUUCGGCAGGUUCGUUGGCCCAGGCACCAGGCCGCGGAUGCCACAAGGAGUUGUGAAGGUCAGCCAGGCCGUGCAUCCUUUCAGCUGAUGGACGAGAUGCCAGUGCCUGAAGUUCCACACAGAGCCGCUUCACCGCUGCGGCCUGCCCGUUGGCUUCACACCGCCGACCCGUCUUUCAGUUGCGACAGCGAUGCAGGUCGCGCCAACGGUGAGCGUCCGGAGGAGACGCCACGUGGCUGUGUGGCACGGCUGGCCGAUCAUGUUCGCAGAUUUCCCCAGACAGUCCAGACGAUUUCUGGAGGCACGGUGCGCAACGUCACCAUGGAGCCUGUGGAUGUUCCAAAGAAGUCGCUCGGCCUGAUCAGAAGCCCCAGGCAUUCGCAGCUGUUGCACCUGACUCGGCUUGUAGUUUCCAUCGCCAUGGGGUCCCGCUGCUGUACCCCGGAGCCCGAGCCCAUCCCCGGUUCUUACGACCCUGACAGCUGCUCCGCGAUGGUGCACCCAUGUCUAUUCCCGAUGUACGUGGUGAAGGUGUCGGAUUUCCUGCAAAUGGAGGGCCCUCCACAGGCCCACGACGCUCUGAUGGACCAGGGGCUGCUGCACGAGUGGCACCCAGGAAUGUUCGUGGUCUUCAUCUCGCACCAAUGGAUCGGAGCUGGGCACCCGGAUCCCUCUGGAACACAAACGGCCGCGCUGCGUGGUGCUGUCUCUAGCUUCAUCGAUGGCUCGCUGCAGGUGGAGCCUGAUUUGAUAUCCAUGGAUAUUUCAACUAUUUGGACGACGUAUUCUUGCGAAGAAAUCGCGAAUGGUUAUAUCUUCUUCGAUUGGUUCGCAAUCCCACAGAUCACCGCCCGGAAGCAAGGAGUAAAUGAGAACGUUACCAAGUCCGAUGCUGCCCUGGCGGUCCAGAGCAUACCGGCGUAUGUGGAAGUAUCCGAUCUCUUCAUUGCCCUGGUUCCGGAACUGACCCACGCUCAGACCCGCAAGCCCUGCAACUACACUUCAUGGCUCUCCCGUGGCUGGUGCCGCGCUGAGCUCUGGUGCCGACUUCUCUCCAACAAGAGGAACACGAGUGUGAUUGUCGUCUACUCGGCUCGGGAAGCUCAGUUCAUUUUCCCAUUGGAUUGGCAACAGAAUCUGAUCGCUGACGGCCAGUUCACUGUGGAGAGUGAUCGCGAAGCUGUGGUUCAACUGGGUGAGAUGGCAGUCGAAAGUAAGAUUCAACACUUGGCCGUCGAGGGCCCGCUGAAAGGAUACCGCUUCUACAAGGCAAUGCGCAAUAAGCUGCUCGGUCAGCCGCGGCAGGACCUGAGCCUGGAUGCCUUCUUGUCCAGCUUCAACUUUGAGAGUGUUGAGGCGGCAAUAAACGAUGACAGCGGCAUGGAUGGCAUGGCAACAGCUGUCUUUGGCGGGGCUGUGAAUAUCCUGCGCAGAUUGGUUGAGAAGAGGGGCGACCCGAACCGGCGAAUGCGUGGUAUGGGUGAACUAGGCUACUACGACACCCAGACCCUGCUGAUGGUUGCCGCGAAGUCGUCACAGCCUGCUGAUGUGCUUUCAACGCUCAUCGAGUUGCAUGCGGAUCCGUGCGCCGUCUCACGAAGUGGCAUCAACUGCGCGUUUCUUGCCAGAUCUCCUGGUCACGUCAAGGUCCUGCUGGAGGCUCGGAUGGAUGUCAGCUCAUCCUUCGAAGUGCAUGGGGCGUGUUCCUUCGCAGGCCCAAGUACUGUCAAGGCGAUCCUGGCGGCCCGGGCGAGCGUCAACAGCCAGGGCGAAGGCUACACUCCAUUGCACGCUUGUGCGAUGUUUUCUCGGGGCAAUCGGUUUGCCGCCGAGACCGCAAGAUUGCUGAUCCAACAGCGUGCAGAUGUGAAUGCCCCUGCAGUGCCUAGUGGCUACUUCGACUUGGAGUGUCGGUGCGCGCGGCUGGUGUCAGCACUGGCUGGUUUCGAGAACGGCUCCUACGUUACCCGGAUGCUCGCCAGCAUUCCUGGCAUAACACCAUUGGGAACGGCGGCCUUCAUUGGAGACGAGCACUUGUGCCAGAUUCUCUUGGACCAUGGUGCUGACAUGCGCCCAAACGCGCGGGGUGACACACCCGAGACCUUUGCGAUCGUCAACCGCCACGACCACCUGAUCCCCCAUUUGGCCACAUUCCUCACCUGA